AUGAAAUUUCCUGACAAAAAUCCUAAAUUAAGUUUAUACCUACUUGAAGAAAGAUUGAUUUCUCCAGGAAUUCCAUUUAUGCAAAUACGUGAGCUACUACGUGGUGGUCAAUUAAGUAUCCGUGGUAAUAUUGUCAACGUAGUUGCUAAUGUAAAUAGCACAAUUGUGAAUUUACCACUAACAUUAAGUAAAUCAGAAACAGUACCCAUUAAAUUGAAAAGGAAAAUACCUUACAGCAGUCAUGCUCAGUUUGAAAAUAUUCGUCCUUAUGAAGAUUUGGAGUCUUUGCACUAUUUAGUGAGCAAGACUGAACUGUUCAAAUCACAGGGAGAAUGCGGUAUUGCACCAACGAGAUCUAAAAGAAUAGUCGGCGGACAAGACGCAGAAAAAGCGAAGUGGCCCUGGAUAGCUCUGCUAUACAACAGGAAAGUUAACUGGUGGUCAUGUUGGGGAACUCUGAUAUCAACAAAUUGGGUUGUGACAUCUGCAAAAUGUUUUGAUUACAACGACGAAAGUCUUUCCACGGUUUACCUCGGAAAACCUUCUAUAUUUGUAAAUGAAAGUGGGAUUAAUGUGGAAAAAUUGGUUGUGCAUCCUGAUUAUAAACGGAGUAUAAACGCAGACAUAGCCCUUAUUCGAUUGACAGAACAUGUUGUUUUCACAGAAAAGAUCAAGCCAGUGUGUCUGCCAUCAGUUGAAAAAGCUGAACAGUUGCUUCAACCAGGCACAAAUGGUACUAUGUUAGAAUGGAGACGUACUGGGAUUAAGGAAUAUGUACUACAAGAG